AUGAAGCUGACCCGCCAUGAACUUGGUCAAGUGGAAGGAGAACUGCAGCGUCGGCGUCCAGCUGCACGAGUGCCGCCUCACCAAGCACGCGUGACCCAUGGCCAUGCUCGUGUGUCUGGAUCCGUGCUGCGACACGUGCUCAUCGGCGACCUCCUCGUGGAAAUCAACGGCCGAGACACGGUCAUGAUGAGCGUCAAGUAG